AUGUCUAGUUCAUAUAAUCGCUCUGGCUCACCUUCGAGAAGAAGCGACGACAAAUACAGUCGGUACGAUAGAAACUACGAUAGACGUGACAAUAGACGCUACGACGAUUACAGAGAUGGUCGAUCCAACAGAGAUCGUGAUGGCAAUGCCAGACGCUACGAAGACGACCGUCGCUCUGAAAAGGAUAGGAGCAGCACCAAGGGCACGGUGAUUGACGAAGAUAUCAAAAUGAUAUCUGCAGAAGCUUCCGCUGCAACCCCUGCCAAGAAGAGAGUGCCCAUCUCCAUUGAAGAGCUGUUGCAAAAGAAGCAAGAGGAAAAGAAGCUGACAGAGAAGCCCAAGUUUUUGACCAAGGAAGAGCGCGCUAAGCUAGCUCUGGAGAAACGCCAGCAAGAAGUUGAAGCACAGAGAAAGAAGCAGGAAGAGGAGAGAAAGGCAAGAGAGAAUUUUGACCUGGCAGCAGAGGAUGAAUACAGAAAAACACAAGACUUUUCACGCUCUUCGUUCUCAUCUCGCUACGAUGAUCGUCGAGACAGAGACAGAGACAGACGUGGUAAUUAUAAUUACAACAAGAGAAGCCGUGAUAGUAAGAGAGACAGUGUGGACGACGCAGCAAUGGGCGAAGAUGAAGACGCAGCAUUGACCGAGAAAGAGAAGCAAGCUAUACGAGAGAGAUACUUUGGUGGAGAGCGCAAGAAGAGAAAGAUUCGCAGAAUGAACGAACGUAAAUUUGUGUUUGACUGGGACGCUGGAGAGGAUACGUCGCAUGAUUUCAACCCCUUGUACGCCAACAAACACAAUGCGCAAAUGUUUGGACGAGGACAUUUGGCUGGUAUUGACAGCAAGGAGCAAAAGAAGCAGCAAUCUGAAUUCUAUGAUCGACUGUUGAAAGAACGAAGAACAACGGAGGAGGUGGAGAGAGCCAUGGCACUGAAGCAAAUGUCCAUCAAGAAGGAGGCCAAGGCCAAGUGGGAUGAGCGUCAUUGGACUGAGAAGCCUUUAGACCAAAUGAAGGAGAGAGACUGGCGUAUCUUCAAGGAGGACUUUAACAUUUCGACCAAAGGUGGCAACAUUCCUCAUCCCAUUCGUUCCUGGGCUGAAUCAGGCCUGCCUGAAAAGAUGCUGCAGGUCAUUGAAAGUGUGGGAUAUACAGAGCCCACACCUAUCCAGAGGCAAGCUAUCCCUAUUGGUAUCCAGAACAGAGACAUUAUUGGUAUUGCAGAAACUGGUUCUGGUAAAACUGCUUCGUUUGUGAUCCCCUUGCUGACUUACAUUUCGGAUCUCCCCAAGAUCACUGAAGAAAACAUGGCAGAGGGUCCUUACGCACUGAUUAUGGCUCCUACCCGUGAACUGGCUCAGCAGAUUGAAGAGGAAACCAUCAAAUUUGCUACACCACUGGGCUUCACCUGUGUCUCCAUCGUAGGUGGUCAUGCUAUUGAAGAGCAAUCAUUCAAUUUACGUAAUGGUGCCGAGAUCAUUAUUGCGACACCUGGUCGUUUGAAGGAUUGUUUGGACAGACGUAUUCUCGUGUUGAAUCAAUGUACCUAUGUAGUGAUGGAUGAAGCAGAUCGCAUGAUUGAUAUGGGCAUGGAGGCCGAUGUGAACUUUAUCUUGGACGCAUUGCCAGUGACCAACAUGAAGCCUGAAAACGACGACGAGAUGCAAGUGGAGCCUCUUCAAGGCUACAAGUACAGACAGACCACCAUGUUUUCAGCUACCAUGCCACCUGCUGUUGAACGCUUGGCAAAGAAGUACUUGCGCCGAGAAGCUGUGGUCACGAUUGGUCAAGCAGGUCAAGCCGUAGAGUCUGUUGAACAGCGUGUGGAAAUGAUCAACGACGAGAACAAAAAGACUAAUCGUCUUAUGGAGAUUCUUAAUUCUGGCAAAUUUGCACCACCCAUUAUCAUCUUUGUCAAUCAAAGACGUGGCGUGGAUACAUUGUCUAAAACGAUCAAUCGAUCAGGCCAGCAUGCAGUGACCCUCCACGGUGGUAAAUCUCAGGAACAGAGAGAAUUGGCUCUGGCGCAGCUCAAGAAUGGCUCUGCUGGUGUGCUGGUCGCGACAGAUGUGGCAGGUCGUGGUAUCGAUGUCAAGAACGUGUCUUUGGUUAUCAACUAUGACAUGGCCAAGACCAUUGAAGAUUAUACCCAUCGUAUCGGUCGUACAGGUCGUGCUGGUAACUCUGGUGUGGCAAUCACAUUUUUAUCUAACAAGGAUGCUGAUGUGAUGUAUGACCUCAGACAGAUGCUCGCAAAAUCAAGCAUUUCCAAGGUCCCACACGAAUUGGCUGUUCAUCCAGAUGCCCAAGGAAAGCCUGGCACUGUUAAAUCAAAGAAGAAGCAUGAAGAAACACUCUUUCAAUAA